AUGUCGGACAAACCUAUUCUGGAUACCGUGGGUAUUGUUAGCUUGAUUGCUGCAUUUCUGCAGAUGUUUGUAGCAUAUAUUGUAGCUCAAGUUGUUGGCAAGAAACUACUGACAGUUGAGAAAUGGGUGAUAGUCUGGUUUAUUUAUGAUGCAAUAGUGCAUUUUACAUUGGAGGCACCAUUUGUGUAUUUAUCGCUUGUAGGCUCUGUGGACACUUCUGACAGUUACAUUGCAAUGUUAUGGAAAGAAUAUGGUAAAGCGGAUAAGCGUUGGCUCUAUUCUGAUCCAACUAUUGUCUCCUUAGAAUUAUUAACAGUUGGUAUAACUGGACCGUUAGCAUUGUUAUGUGUCUAUGCCAUUGUUAAACGUACUUACUAUAGGCAUUUUAUACAGAUCACUAUAUGUGUGUGUGAACUCUAUGGAGGUUUCAUGACGUUCAGUCCUGAUUGGUUAAUUGGUAGUCCUAAUCUAGAUACUACUAACCCUCUGUACUUAUGGUGCUACUUAAUAUUUUUCAAUGGAUUAUGGGUUGUAUUUCCAGCAGCUUUAUUAUACCAGUCAUGGAUGGCAUUGAAAUCUAGUCAUCCAAAGCACAGAACAAAGAAACAAAAAUAAUUUUGACAAAUUGUUUUUUUACACUUCAUGUAAUGAAAUAACUAAUAAAAAAGUCUGUGAUU